AUGGACAAGAAGCUGAACCAGAAAAUAGACCAGAAAACGGACGAAUCAAACGAAAAAAUUGACGAAUUGGUACAAAAGCCCCGGCAAGAAAUAGAAAGCAUUACCCGUGAAAUAAAAACAAAAGAAAGAAGCACCAUACAUAGGUACGUUCCCACCAAGUCAAUAAAAAUUCAAAGAGUUGCCAGCCCCAAGUUUGGAACGUCUGCAGCUAACAGGUCGAAAAAAGUAGUAAAAGCCAACUUUGCAGAGCUCAGGCUAUAUAAGGAGAGCGAGGAGACAGACAGGUUUCCGAAAGAGGUUUCCAGCAAAGGUUGGAAGCGAAGUUGUAAUUGUGAUCUAUGUAGUUACCUAGAUUAG